AUGCAUUUCUUCAUGGCAUUCUCAAAGAGGAAGUCUACAUGUCUCAACCAUAAGGCUUUGUUGAUCCUCUUUAUCCUCAUCAUGUUUGCCGAUUGGAUAAAUCUCUAUAUGGUCUUAAGCAAGCUCCUCGAGCUUGGAAUGAGAGGUUUACCAGUUAUCUUCCAUCAAGAUGACACAUCUUUGGUUUUAUUGCUUUUGUAUGUCGAUGACAUUAUCUUGACUGGUUUUUCCCCUGCUGCAAUUGCUUCUGUGAUCACUUUAUUAUCCAAGGAGUUUGAUAUGACUGAUCUUGGACAUCUUCAUUAUUUCCUUGGCCUGCAUAUUCAGUAUACAGAUGCUGGUAUUUCUAUGACUCAGUCUAAAUACAUCAAGGAUGUUUUGUCUAAAGCCAACCUUUCUGAACGCAAGCCUUGUGUCACUCCUUCUCAUCCUAAUCACAAGCUUCUUAGAUAUGGCAGUCUCCCAUUUUCUAAUCCUGCUUAUUAUCGAAGUCUGGGUACCAUGCAUCAUGGAUUGACAUUUCGCAAGGGUUCUUUGAAUCUUCAUGCUUUCACUGAUGCCGAUUGGGCUGGUGAUCCCAAUGAUAGGCGAUCUACAACUGGUUAUGUUAUUUUCUUGGGCUCCAAUCCCGUUUCUUGGAGUUCUAAGAAACAACAAUAUGUUUCUAGAUCUUUCACCGAGGCAGAAUAUCGUGCCAUGGCUGCCACUACUGCUGAAAUUGUGUGGUUACAGCAGUUGUUGACAGAUCUCUCAUUUCCUCUUGCCAAGUCUCCUAUUCUUUAA